AUGGCCGAGAUGGAGCGUCCAGACGAGGCGGCCCGGCUCUGGCGAGACGCCGCCCUGCGCGCCAGGAAGCUGCAGAGCAACCUCCAGCAAUUGGAGCUAGAGCUGGGCUCCCGAGGAGAGAGCGGCCCAGAGGCACCGCUGAAGCUGAAAUCCUCGCAGCAGCAGCAGCAGCAGCAACCGCCGUCCUCGCCGCUGGAGGUAUUGAACCUGAGCGGGCGCGGCCUGGAUGAGUUGCCGGAGGGCUUGUGCGCCGCCGUGGGCAGCAGCCUGAGCGUCCUCUCGUUGCGGAGAAACCGACUAGCCCAUCUGCCCUCGGCCGCCGCCCUUCGGCACCUGGGCCGCCUGGCCGAGCUCGACCUCAGCCACAACCGCCUGCGUUGCCUGCGCGACGACGGCCAGGCGCUGGCGCUCCUGCGCGGGCUCCGUAAACUCAAUCUCAGCCACAACCAGCUCGGAGCCGAAGGGACGCUGCCCAGCGGAUUGGGCGAACUGCGACAGCUGGAGGAGCUCGAUCUGAGUUUCAACCGCCUUAGCCACCUGCCCGCGGAGGCCCUGGCCCACCUUCGCCAGCUCCGCACCCUGGACGUGGACCACAAUCAGCUUUCUGCCUUCCCGCAAGCGCUGCUGGAGCUGGAUGCCCUGGAAGAGCUGGAUUGCUCAGGCAACCGGCUCGUGGGGUCUCUUCCGGAGGGCAUCACUUCUCUUCGGCACCUGAAAAUCCUGUGGCUCAGUGGCACUGGCUUGGCGGCCUUGCCCGAGGGCUUGUGCCAGCUGGGUACCCUUGAGAGCCUCAUGCUGGACGGGAACCGCCUGAGUGUCCUGCCUGCUGGUUUUGGCAGCCUGCAGCGUCUCAAAAUGCUGAACCUCUCAUCCAACAUACUGGUUGAUUUCCCCGCAGCUGUGCUGGCCCUUCCUGGCUUGGAGGAGCUCUACCUCAGUCGCAAUCAGCUUACCCUGUUGCCCGGUGGACUUUGCCAGCUCUGCCAACUACGCACGCUUUGGCUGGACAACAAUCGCAUCCGCUACCUGCCUGAUUCCAUAGUCAAGCUUCAUCAGCUGGAGGAACUGGUACUUCAGGGAAAUCAGAUUGCCAUCCUUCCAGAGGGCUUUGGCCAACUCAGCCGUGUGAGUCUCUGGAAAAUCAAAGACAACCCCUUGAUUCAGCCCCCCUAUGAGGUCUGUAUGAAGGGCAUCCCUUACAUAGCUGCCUACCAGAAGGAACUGGCUCACUCUCAGCCUGCCCUUAAGCCCCGUCUCAAACUAGUCCUCAUGGGCCUGAAAAAUGCAGGCAAAACUCUGCUUAGAAAGUGCCUCAUGGAGGAAGAGGAAGAGGAGCAGGGAGAGUUAUCUUUCGGUUCAGCUAACAAGAAUUUUGAAAGAACCCAAAGCAGAGGCAGCAAAGGUAUUGAAGUAGCAGAUUGGACAGCAGAUGUAAAGAGAGGUCUAACCUUCAUUGUAUAUGAGCUGGCAGGAGACCCAAGUUACGAUGUGAUCCAGCCGUUUUUCCUCUCUCCUGGAGCCCUCUACGUGUUGGUAGUAAACCUGAGCACUUACAUGCCACAGUGUUUUUAUCCUUCUGUGGGGCACUUCCUUCACUGGCUGGGAGCAAAGGUGCCCCAUGCUGUGGUAUGUAUGGUGGGCACCCAUGCAGAUCUGUGUCCUGAACGGGAGGUGGAAGAGAAAUGUUUAGACAUCCACCGCCAGAUUGCCUGGCAGGAGAAGUGUGACUAUGAAGGCCUCCAGAUUUUGGCCCGGCAGGUGGAUGAAGCUCUGGGGCAGGAUUUUGAUUUGCGCUGCUCCAGCCCCCAUGUUGCUUUCUAUGGGGUAUCAGACAAGAACCUACGGCGCAAGAAAGCUCAGUUCCAGUAUCUGCUCAACCACCGUCCACAAAUCCUCUCCCCAGUUUUGCCUAUAAGCUGCUGGGAUUGUGUUCACGUCUGCCGAUUGCGAGAGAAGCUGCUUUCAGUGGCAGAGCACAGAGACAUCUUUCCAAAUUUGCACCGGGUUCUGCCAAGGUCCUGGCAAAUGCUGGAGGAGCUGCACUUCCAACCCCAAGCUCAACAGCUAUGGCUAAGCUGGUGGGACUCUGCUCGACUUGGCCUGCAGGCAGGGCUGACUGAGGAUCGUCUCCAAAGUGCACUUUCCUACUUGCAUGAGAGUGGCAAGCUGCUGUAUUUUGAGGAGCACCAGACCCUGCGAGAAUAUGUUUUCCACAAUUUGCCCAGGCUCAUCGACAUUCUCAAUGUCUUCUGCCAGCAUGAUGCCUCGGUAUUGCUCCAGAAACUGCUCAGCACCACCCAGAUGGAUCAGAUGAAGGCCACACAGCUCCACCACUAUGUGGAAGGAUUUCUGCUCCAUGGCCUUCUCCCUGCCCAUGUUAUUCAUCUGCUUCUCAAGCCCCAUAUCCAAAGCAGAGAGGACUUACAGCUUCUGCUGGAAUUGUUAGAAAAAAUGGGACUCUGUUAUGGGGUCAACAAGCCCAAAUCAAAACCCUUGAAUGGAGCCACAGCAUGGUACAAGUUCCCCUGCUAUGUGAAGAACGAGAUGCCUCAUGCAGAGGCAUGGAUCAAUGGUACUAGCCUGGGUGGGCAGUCUUUUGGGGCAGAACAGCUGCAGAUUGAGUACAGCUUUCCCUUUAUUUUUCCCCCUGGAUUGUUUGCUCGCUACAGUGUGCAGAUUAACAGCCACGUAGUUCAGCGGUCAGAUGGAAAAUAUCAGAUCUAUGCGUACAGGGGGAAAGUGCCGGUAGUUAUAAGUUAUAGGCCUGCCAAAGGCACCCAACAACCAGAUACACUGUCUAUUGCUAGCCAUGCAUCUCUACCAAAUAUAUGGACAGCUUGGCAAGCCAUAACCCCACUGGUGGAAGAACUAAAUGUACUGCUUCAAGAAUGGCCAGGCUUAUACUAUAGCGUGCAUGUCCUCUGUUCCAAGUGCCUUAAAAGAGGGUCACCCCACCCACAUACCUUCCCAGGAGAAUUGCUAAGUCAGCCCAGGCCAGAGGGAGUGACUGAGAUCAUCUGUCCGAAGAAUGGUAACGAGCGAGUGAAUGUGGCUUUGGUUUAUCCCCCUACUCCAACAGUGAUCAGCCCUUGUUCCAAGUGACUGCUGGAAGUCGCCUGCCUUGGCCCCUAUUAUAAGGACACUUCAGAUGCCCCUUAAACCCUUGCUAAGCAUUUUCGGAGAUGUACCACUCAGAGAUGGAUCUAAUUAUUUAUGGGGCCUGAAUAUCACAGCUUGGGAAAUAAAGAUUGCCAUCACUAAGGAUCACAAAAGGCAGAUCAACCAUGAUAGCUUUGUACAGAGACUGACUAUUCCAGAGCAUUAGAGAAUGGCUAUCCCUAUUAUGCUCUGCACAUGGAUUUCCUGAAGAUAUCCAAGAUUUGGUUGAUAUUAGUUGCUCAUUUUGAUAGGUGUUGAUCUCAUUUAGUAAGAAUAAACAAGUCUGUUCCCC